ACAUUUCAGAACCUAAAUUAAACCAUCAAAUACAAAAUGUUUAAAGAAACCGUGUAGAUCUUAUCUGUCACAAAGGAAGGGUAUUAAUUAUUUCUCAUAUUUUCAGAAUAACGUUAUAUUAAUUAAAAUAAACUUAUAAUACUAUUACUAUAUUUUAUUAAAUUCCAACUAAUAAUCUGAUUUCAAUGAUUUGUACCUUGUUGGAAACACGUUUUCUGAAUCAAUAUACCAAGCAAAAGCUUUUCUAUGACCGAAACAACAAAUUUAUGCGAAAAUAUAGUUAUAUAGUUUUAGCAUAUCUGGGUAAACCUUUUCAUGAUUGAAUUGUUGCUUCACAAACAAAUCUCACCCCCACCAUCCCAUACCCUUUAUACUAUUCCAUUACUUUACAUGCUAAAAACCCUCUUCUAAGUUAUGAAAGAAACCAAAUUCUUCUUCAUCACCAACUCCCUUUUCUUGAUGAUCUUCAUCAUCUCUGCUUUGUUUCUAAGCUUGGCAAAGUCUGAAGAGUUUAUAGUUGGUGACGAUCAGGAGUGGAGCUCAGGGACCAACUAUCAAUCCUGGUCUAAGAAAUACAAUUUCAGUGUUGGUGAUGUUCUUGUUUUCAAAUAUGUGAAAGGACAACAUGAUGCAUAUGAAGUAGAGGAAGAUACAUAUAGAUCAUGUGAUGGCAGUAGUGGAGUUAUAAACAAGUAUGAAAGCGGAAGUGAUCGAGUAGAACUAACCCAAGCAAAGAAAUAUUGGUUUAUUUGCAAUGUUGAUGGGCAUUGUCUUGGAGGAAUGAGAUUCAGUGUUGAUGUUCAAGGAUUUAGGCCCAAUUCCACAGAUCUUUCACCAACCCAACAGCCAGUUCCAGCACCACCCAAAUCUUCCACAAGAUCACUCAGAACUCAUAAUUGGUUAAUGGGUAUUUAUUUGCUUGCAUCUGGAAUCUUACUUCCAUUGUAUUUUUAGUUGGGUAUUGCAGAAUGGGAAUUUUUAGUUUGUUUAGGAACAAUUUUUUUUUUUUAAAUGAUCUUUUUUCAGCUAUCAGAUAUUUGAUUUUUGUGGACAGUCUUAGAUUGAGAUUGUAAUAAAGAUUUUGUUAAUUUGAUUUUAAAAGUUCAGGACAAAAAGUACAUUAACAAA